AUGUCGCAUUGCGUCUGAGCUUUGCUGACCUAUCGUCUCCAUCUUGAAAGCAGACUGUUUAGGAACAACCACUAGCCGCGAACGAACAUAGAGACAUGGGGAUUUGAACGAGACUAGAGUCCACACUGCGUUAUCAGGUUCCGACAAUCUGCUUUCACGCCUCGAUCAGACGCCCAACCAACACACGCGUACGACUCGAAAGCACCUGGCAAGCUUGCAAACCUCCUUCACAAUGGCGGACCGCCUCACACAGCUUCAAGACGCGCUCGACCAGCUGUUCACGCAGAUGUUUGCCUCAAUAACGUACAUCGACACUCGUCACCCGGCCUCCACGAUCCCCGGCCAGGUGGAUCAGCACGCGGCUGUACGUCCGCCUAUUAAUGAGUCGGGCCAGGACGCUCCCGCUCCCACCGUCGACCCGGAUACGCGGCACAUUCCAGAGGAGCCCAGGCGGUUCCACGCGACGCUGCAAGAGCUGGCGCAGGACCUGGUGCUGAAGCAGGCGCAGAUCGAGGCCUUGAUCGAGAGCCUCCCCGGCCUCGGCAAUAGUCAGGAGGACCAGGAGAAACGCAUCGAGGAGUUGGAGGGCGAGCUGAAGGAGGUACAAGUGCUGAGGGAACAGGCAAGGAUCGAGAAAGAACGUCUGCUUAGUACGGUAGAGGCCAAGAUACUGAGCGCUAGACGGUUUUGAGGCUUGUGCAUUGCGGGUGGAGACGAAGAGAAUGGGAGAAAGAUUGAGAAGAAGGGAACGGAUGAAUUCAAAAGCAGGUUACGAUUAAUGAUACCCAAGGCAUGCGUGUAGGAUUAACUAUGCAGAUGUACCACCUAGACAUGUACGAUAAAAACGGCAUACGAGUCAAAUAUAGCGCUUGUCACGGCCAUCUUGGCUGUUCUAGA